AUGGCUAGUAGAAGAUUCUUUUAUCCGGCCGUUGUAAAGAAUCUGUUGAACACCCUUGCACAAAAUGGAGACGUCUACAGUACUGGUAGGGCAGAUUUCAUUCACCAAUUAUGGCAAUAUUUUGUGCAUGUACUCAAUGAAAUAGAAAAAGGCCCAUGUGCGAUGGCGAAUUCCAAUAGAUUAUCCGCUGAAAAUGGCAUAUACAUCGAUAAUUAUAUCGAGCCUGAUGACGGCAGCAUAAAAUUUAUAGAUAAUGCCGUAGUAAAGUACUAUGAAAAGAAGGUUUACAAUUUGAAACGUGGCUCUUGGGAAUCUCAGACGGAAGUAGCUGUUAAAAACGAUCAGCUAUAUCUAAUUAUCAAUAAUGGUAGGAAAUACCCGGAUAAUUUCGGCUUUAGUAAAGGUAUUUCAGGGUAUUAUGUAUCAUUCACGAUCAAUAUUGACGAGGAGAUUAUGCAACAGCUAUCCUAUUAUGGGAUAUCUUCUGCUGGAACUGAGCUAGUAUCUGGAAAAUUGAUGGAAAGAAUCGAAGGUUUCGUGAAAGGAAUCUCGUCUGUGAUUCCAAAAGAUCAGAGAACAUCAUAUCUUAAGCAUCUAAUAUCAAAGAAAGGUUCAAAAUUAGCUUUAAUCCAUAUUGGAAAAGGUUGUGCUAUCCAAACUGUCGGCUUCAUUCCCCUUAAAAAUUACACUUGUGUCUACGGUUACCAAUCUAUGACUGGCUCUGAUGCAGCUGCACAAAGUCAUGGUAAAGCUGUAAGCAUUGCUUCUCAUAUUGAUUACAAUAGUUCUGCUAGUGUCCCAUACAUUGAGGACUUUAUAGAACCCAAAAAUGGAAAAAUGAUAUUUGAAAACGGUAUGGUGUAUACAUACUUUGAAAGGAAGGUUUACAGUCUGAAAGGAUCUUGGGAAAAAGGUACGCAGGAGGCCAUUAGGCAUAAGCAGUUAUUCUUAAUUAUUGAUGGAAUUCGACGAUAUCCUGAUCAUGACGGUAUUAACCGUGCUCCCAAAGGCUUCUAUUUACCCUUUACUGUUGUAACCGCUAACCCUCCAGCUACACAAACCAAAAUUGGCAAUAAGAAUACCUUAAGGUAA